AUGUUGUCCUUCUUGUUUUCCAUCCAUGAAAUCAACCAGAAUCCCAGCCUCUUACCGAACGUCAGCCUGGGCUAUGACAUCUAUGAGAGCCAUUCUGAUGGGAGAACAACUACAUAUGCCAUGCUACAUCUGCCUUCUGGUGGAGAUGGCUACCUUCCAAACUUUGGCUGUGGGAAGAAGAACCUGCUGGCCAUUCUUGAAGGAACAGACUCAGAUGUCUCUGCUCUUAUUUCAGUCAUGUCAGGUAUCUACAAGAUUCCUCAGAUCAGUUACGGCUUGUUUAACCCUGUUCCGGAGGAUCACAUGCAGUUGCCAUUCAUCUACCAGAUGACCCCAAAGGAAGAAACCCAAUACGUGGGCAUCAUCCAACUGGCUUGCAGCAGGUGUCCUGAAGAUCAGCACCCAAACAAGGACCGAGAUCACUGUGGCCCCAAGAGAAUUACAUUCCUCUCCUAUGAGGAACCUUUGGGGAUUCUCCUGGCUACAUUUGCCCUAAUUUGCCUUUUAAGCACAGGUUUUAUGUUUGGAAUCUUCAUUAAAUUCCGAGAAACUCCAAUUGUCAAAGCCAACAACAGGAACCUCUCCUACAUUCUCCUCAUCUCCCUCCUGCUUUCUUUUUUGUCUUCCUUCUUGUUCCUGGGCAAGCCAAGCAAAGUCAGUUGCCUGCUCCGACAAACAGCGUUCAGCAUCAUCUUCUCAGUUGCCACCUCAAGUGUGUUGGCCAAAACCAUCGUUGUGGUACUGGCCUUCCUGUCUACCAAGCCAGGGAACAAAGUAAGAAAGUGGUUGGGAAAGAGCUUGGCCAAUGCCAUUGUCAUUUCUUGUUCCAGUGUUCAAGUGGUCAUCUGCUCCAUCUGGCUGGGCAUGAUUCCACCUUUCCCAGACUCUGACAUGCAAUCCCAGCCUGGACACAUCAUCCUACUGUGCAAUGAAGGAUCUCUCAUGAUGUUCUAUUCAGCCCUUGGUUACAUGAGCUUCCUGGCCGCCAUCUGUUUCACAGUGGCUUUCCCGGCCAGGAUGCUGCCAGGGGCCUUCAAUGAAGCGAAGCUGAUCACCUUCAGCAUGCUGGUUUUCUGCAGUGUCUGGGUGUCCUUUGUGCCCUCCUACCUCAGCACCAAGGGGAAGUACAUGGUGGCUGUGCAGGUCUUCUCCAUCUUAGCUUCCAGUGCAGGGUUGCUGGGCUGCAUCUUUCUUCCCAAGUGCUACAUCAUUGUCCUGAGGCCUGAUCUGAAUACGAAGGAACAUCUCAUGACCAAAAGCAAGGAUACCAUCUGA